AUGAGUAAGACACCGCCCAUUAGUCUUGCUAGGGAUGAUACUACUAUGAGAUUGGUGACAUUCAAUGUCAAUGGACUGCGCACUUUAUUCCACUAUCAGCCAUUUUCUGAUCUUAACCAAUCGCUGGAGAAAGUAUUCGACUAUUUUGACUCUGACAUCAUAACUCUACAAGAAUUGAAAACUGAUCGACCUUCUAUCACGAAGUGGGGGAAAGUUCCAGGGUUCUACUCUUUUAUCUCCAUCCCUCAGGCUAAAAGAGGUUACUCUGGGGUUGGAUGUUGGGUAAGAAUUUUGCCGGAUGAUCAUCCAAUGGCUGAAGCACUCAAAGUAACCAAGGCCGAAGAGGGAAUCACCGGUCUUUUAUCAAUCAAGACAGGAAAGUCGUCGACUAGCUACCGAGACGACCCAAAUAUUGGAAUUGGCGGCUACGAAUCGCUCGGCCUUGAUGAUGAAGACGAGAGUGAAGGUCUGAAAUUAGAUUCGGAAGGUCGAUGUGUCAUGAUCGAAUUGGCUUGCAACAUAAUAGUUAUCAAUGUCUAUUGCCCAGCAAAUUCGGGACUCUCAGCUGAAGGAAGCGCCUUUAGAAUGAAGUACCUAAAGGUCUUGUUCAAGCGCAUAAGAAACCUAUCGGAAAUGGGUAAGCGAGUAAUACUAAUGGGAGAUGUCAACGUUUGCAGAGACUUGAUUGACCAUGCGGAAGGGUUAGAACAGGCUUCAAUAAGAAUUGGUGACGGUGUCUCAGGCAGCAAAAUUGAAUCCAAACAUAGAGAUGCAUGCGAACAAUUUAUCAUCAAUCCUGACACACCACACCGGCGUAUGUUAAACCAAAUGCUUGCAGAUUCGAUAUUACCAGAGUUUGCUGAGGGCGGCAUUCUUCUUGAUACAACAAGGCUAAUUCAAGGUCGAGACCGACUAAAAGCGUACACCGUCUGGAACACGUUAAAAAAUUCGAGGCCAGUGAAUUAUGGCUCAAGAAUCGACUUUAUACUUGCCAGCAAAUCAUUAAAGACUAACGUCACAUCGGCAGAUAUUCUGCCCGAGGUUACAGGUUCAGAUCACUGCCCUGUUUAUGCAGAUUUUGACUUACGAGAUCUGAUGAGCGAUAUAAAACCUAUAGACUUCAAAGUUCCAAAAUUCGAGGCAAGAUAUAAAUAUGGACUGAUGCACAAGAACGUCCUCGAGAUGUUUGGGAAAGGCGGCAAUGGGCAAACAGCCGCAGCGUCGCACAAGAGGAAUAAAGUUGAUAAGAAGGUACCUACAAGGCGGCCAAAGGCAAUCGAUAAUUUCUUUGAAUCAACUAGAAAACCAAAAGUUAACUUUAUCGUCGACCAGCACUCGACAGCGUCCGACAUGCCAGUGGAAACAGUGAAAACUCUGAUCAUGCCAGGGGCUGAAACGCCAGUCAAAAGUAUGUUUGGAGAAGCUCCGCUUUGCAAGCACGGUUUGAAAGCAAUACAAAGGACAUCGAGGACGCCGUCAAACCCAGGGAGAAAAUUUUGGAUUUGUAAGUUGCCCAAAGGCUCGUCUGAUGAUGAAUCGUCGUCCUGUGGAUUUUUUCAAUGGGCGUAA